AGUUUGUAAAAAAAGAAAAAAAACGUGCACUGCGGUUGGUUGUAGAGUUGGAUGACUGCAGUGUAUUCUCCUUUCUCCCAAAGUGAUAGCAUUGAAGUUUGAACUACACUGCAACUGCAAGUUCAUACAAACUCAACAAAAAGCUUCAAAACAAUCAACGAUUUCAUUUCACGAUCUCUAUCAAUAAUAACCUUACACAAUUACACAAAUAUUUUCAGUUUUACUAAGACUCAUCGUUGCUUACAAUGUCCAAAAUCGAACCAACCUCUACCCGAUUCGUAAUUGAACCACUCUCCCAAUUCGACCUGUCUACACACUCUCGCACCACCACCGUCCGAUCAAUCGCCAUCACAUCACUUUCAAAUCCAACCAUUCUCUAUGUUGGCACUAACUCCGGAACCCUCUUUUCCCUCUCCGCCGACACUAACGACUCCAACACUUCUCAAAACGGCACCGUUCCCUCCGAUUCAGCUUCCUUUCUACAUAAGCUAUCGUUUAUUCGAAGCGUUUCGGUUAGCGACUCUCCGGUGGACGCCGUUUUGGUUCUCGCUGAUUUAGGGAAGGUUUUAUUGCUCUCCGAUGGUUCGUUGUUUUUGGUUGAUUCGGAAUUAUCGAAUCGCGCUUUUAGGUUAGGGUUUUCUAAAGGUGUUGCGGUGGUAACGAGAAGGAAGAUGAGAAAUAAUGAAUCCGAAGGUUUAGGUUUUGAUAUGAAUAAUCAAAAUCACAGGUUUUUGCAGAAAUUGGGAGGGUUGAUUGUGAAAGAUGGUGAAACACAGAGUGGGGCUUGUGUUUUGGCACUUGCUAUUGGGAGAAAGUUGGUGAUUGUUGAACUUGUUUUAGGGAGUGGUAAAAGUGGGAAGAGUGAUAAAGAUUUUAAUAAUGGUUCUCUUGUUGUUUUGAAAGAGAUUCAAUGUGUUGAUGGUGUGGUUAGUACUAUGGUUUGGAUUGAUGAUUCGAUUUUCGUUGGUACUGUGAAUGGUUAUAGUUUGAUUUCGUGUGUUAGUGGACAGAGUAGUGUUAUAUUUUCUUUGCCGGAUGUGUCUCGGCCACCGCGAUUGAAGUUGUUGCAUAGGGAGUGGAGGGUGUUGUUGUUGGUGGAUAAUGUGGGGGUUAUUGUUGAUGUUCAAGGGCAGCCAGUUGGGGGCAGUUUGGUGUUUCGGCACGGGUUGCAAUCGGUUGGGGAGUUGAGUUUUUAUGUGGUUGUUGUGAGUGAUGGGAAGAUUGAGCUGUAUAAUAAGAAAAAUGGGGUGUGUGCUCAGGUGUUGCCGUUUGGUGGGGAAGGGAUUGGACCUUGUGUUGUUGCAAGUGAAGAAGAUAAGAGUGGGAAAAUUGUUGCUGUUGCAACUGCUACCAAGGUCGUGUGUUAUCAGAAAUUACCAUCUGUAGAACAAAUAAAAGACCUUUUGAGGAAGAAGAACUAUAAGGGAGCUAUAUGCUUGGUAGAGGAGCUUGAGUCUGAAGGUGAAAUGUCAAAAGACUUGCUCUCAUUUAUUCAUGCUCAAGUGGGGUUCCUAUUGCUUUUUGACUUGCAUUUUGAAGAAGCCGUGGACCAUUUUCUGCUCUCUGAUACCAUGCAACCUUCUGAAAUAUUCCCAUUUAUAAUGCGAGAUCCAAAUCGGUGGUCCUUACUGGUUCCUAGGAAUCGGUAUUGGGGUUUGCAUCCUCCCCCAGCCCCGCUUGAAGAUGUAGUAGAUGAUGGCUUGAUGACAAUCCAAAGAGCAUCUUUCCUAAGGAAAGCAGGUGUAGAAACAAUAGUAGAUAAUGAUCUUUUUCUGAAUCCACCAAAUAGAGCUGAUUUAUUGGAGUCAGCAAUCAAAAACAUUAGCAGGUAUUUGGAGGCCUCUCGAGAGAAAAAACUGACACAGUCAGUUAGCGAGGGGGUUGACACUCUAUUAAUGUAUCUCUAUAGAGCCCUAAAUCGUACUGAGGAUAUGGAGAGGUUGGCAUCUUCUACAAACUGUUGUGUUGUGGAGGAGUUGGAACACAUGUUAGAAGAGUCGGGGCACCUACGGACCCUUGCCUUUCUAUACGCAAGUAAAGGAAUGAGCUCAAAAGCUGUGUCUAUUUGGCGCAUCCUGGCAAGAAAUUAUUCAUCUAGCCUAUGGAAAGACCCUGCUUUGGAUAAUAUUAUACAGGAUAGUGGGGAAAACCUUAUUUCUGGCAAGGCAAUUGCAGCUGAAGCUUCAAAAAUUCUUGAGGAGUCAUCUGACCAAGAUUUGAUUCUCCAACAUCUAGGAUGGAUUGCAGAUAUCAGCCAGGUUCUUGCAGUCGAAGUUUUAACUUCGGACAAACGAGAGAUCCAGCUUUCUCCAGAUGAAGUCGUUACAUCUAUUGAUCCACAGAAGGUAGAAAUUUUACAGAGGUAUCUCCAAUGGUUGAUUGAACACCAAGACUGCUUCGAUACUCAGUUGCAUACGUUGUAUGCCCUAUCACUUGCGAAAUCAGCAAUUGAAGCCUUUGAGUUUGAAAAUAUCUCUGAAAAUCUUGCUAGUGGAAAUACUGAGAGAAAAAAUUUGGCUACUUUAAGGAACUCAAUCUUUCAGACUCCUGUGCGGGAAAGAUUACAAAUCUUCUUGCAAUCCUCAGACUUGUAUGAUCCAGAAGAAGUUCUUGACUUGAUUGAAGGAUCAGAAUUAUGGUUAGAAAAGGCUAUUCUGUAUAGAAGACUGGGGCAAGAGACCUUGGUCCUACAAAUUUUGGCUUUGAAGCUAGAAGACAGUGAAGCUGCUGAGCAGUACUGUGCCGAGAUUGGAAGAGCUGAUGCCUACAUGCAAUUGCUAGAAAUGUAUUUGGAUCCACAAGAUGGUAAGGAUCCCAUGUUUACUGCUGCUGUUCGCCUUCUUCACAAUCAUGGAGAAUCAUUGGACCCAUUGCAAGUUUUAGAGAAACUAUCACCAGAUAUGCCACUUCAACUUGCUUCUGAGACUUUACUAAGAAUGUUCAGGGCCAGAGUUCAUCAUCAUCGUCAAGGACAGAUUGUGCAUAGUUUAUCUCGCGCCGUAGACAUUGAUGCAAGGUUGUCAAGAUUAGAUGAAAGAUCAAGGCAUGUACAGAUUAAUGAUGAGAGUCUCUGUGAUUCCUGUAAUGCACGCCUUGGUACUAAGUUAUUUGCAAUGUACCCUGACGAUACAGUUGUAUGCUACAAGUGUUACCGCCGUCAAGGCGAGUCGGUGUCUGUCUCAGGUCGCAAUUUUAAGGAAGACAUCCUAAUUAAACCAGGUUGGCUUGUGAGUCGUUGAUCUUUAAACUAUGAUUAUUGCUAUUUGAUGUCAAUAUUGCUUGGCGCAAGCCUGAAAAUGAGGAGUUGCCUACCAAAUCCAAAUCCUUUCAAAAUUGGUGAAAGAAAAGUUGAUGAUACUUGCUCGGUUAUAUAGUUGAACAUUCAGCGUUUUCAGCUGUUAACCUGCUUCACUAAGAGUGUAAGUUCAUAUAAUUGACUACCACAUGAUGGUACUGUAAAUAAAUAUGUUGAGUUCCCCAUUGUACUGCCCAUACCCCCUUUAGGAAAAAUGCUUUGUAAAUUUUGAUAUUGUAAAAUGUAUAUUUUUGCAUCUAUAAAUAAUCAGAUCAUUCUUGCAUUCUCUAGUUCUUUCGGGCAUGCCAUGUUGGAACUUAUUUACAAGGAUUUGACGGCUGUAGAUCAUUGUGAUCUAUUGUUUUCACAAUCAA